AUGCCGAAUCAUAAGUUGGUAUUAAAAGUUGGCGUUCCCAUAAUGCUUUUACGUAACCUUGAUCAGAAAAACGGUUUGUAUAAUGGUACAAGAUUACAAGUCGUUACACUUGGUGAUCGUAUUAUUGAAGCAAAAGUUAUUGGGACAAGAACUUUUAUUCCAAGGAUCAAUCUUUCUCCUUCUGACAAACGAAUUCCUUUCAAACUUCAAAGAAGGCAAUUUCCGAUAGCAGUGUGUUUCGCAAUGACGAUAAACAAAAGCCAGGGGCAGUCGCUAUCGAAGGUUGGUUUGUUUCUAAAGCAACCUGUUUUCACUCACGGACAACUAUACGUUGCACUUUCAAGAGUCAAAAGUAUGGAUGGUUUAAGGAUGUUAAUAUUAGACGAUGAUGGGAACGUUACUAAUAAAACUACAAAUGUAGUUUACAAAGAGAUAUUCUCAAAUUUAUAG